AUGCCAGGGGCUCCUCAGCAGGCAAAUGCAGGCCUAGACACCACAACGCCCAGCGCAGGAACGGGCCAGUCAGGGCUGCUGGCUCUGGACGGGACAGGGUCUGGGGGCGGGGUGUAUUCAGGGGGCGAUAGCAUAUCAGGGCAGGGGGCAUCCCCUGUGGGUGGCGGCAGCUCAGCGGGCGUAGGAGACGUCUCGGGUUCAACUUCGUUUGGGAAUCCUGGCGGACUGGUCUUUGACGGCGCCGGCAACAUUGUGUCUGGCGUGCAGUCUGCCUUUGGAGACGUGCCAUCCACAUACACUGGCCGACAGGAGUGGCCUGAGCUGGUGAGCACUAAUGCACUGGUGGCGAAAGCAAAGCUCCAGGGAGAGACGGGCCUGAAUGUGCUCCUUGUGCCUAAGGGCAGCGUAGUCACCACUGACUACAGAGCUGAUCGGAUACGAAUCUACUUCGACCCUGCCACAUACCUGGUGGUGCAGCCACGGCCGUCUGUUGGAUGA